CCGACGGGGCCGACCCUCAGCCCUGCUCCCCGCCGCGGCCGUCUUGCUGAUCGCGCUCCUCGCUCCGGGAGCUGCCGCCGCUCCCAAUUCCGAUUCCGGAGCGUUCGCGGCCAGGGGGGAUCUUUUCGGAGGCAUUAGUCCAUCGCUUCCAGUUGUCCAUCAUGUGGACAAGGGACUCCCGUUUUCGGCAUACCGAAAGCUCCUGCAGAGCGACACGAAUAGGGGCCUGCUAGCGGCUGCCGCGGAAGGUGACGUGAAUGAGGUGUCUCGCCUGAUUGGUGAGGGAGCAGACGUGGACGCAACAGAUAGUCGGGACAACACAGCACUGGUUCUUGCUGCUGCUGGAGGCCAUGUCAGCGUCUUGCGGGUGCUCCUGGAGGCCGGAGCUGCUAUUGACAAGCAGGGGCAGAAUGGCCUCACAGCGUUGCAUGCGGCCGUAUCCGAAGGCCAGGUGUCGGCGGCGAGGUUUCUGCUCCAGGAAGGUGCAGACACAGAGAUUGCAGACGGUGAUAGGAACACGCCCCUCAUCACCAGCAGCGCGAACGGCAACAUGGCAAUAACCACGGCGCUGCUGGAUGCCGGAGCAGAGGUUGACGCCACGGGCUCCUCGCGGAAGACCGCCCUCAUGACCGCGAGCAUCGGCUCAUUCGACCUCAUCGUCGACCUGUUGCUGGAAAGGGGCGCGGACCUCACCCUCGUCGACAAGGGCGGCAACACCGCGAUUCACUACGCCGCUGUGGGCGGGUCUGUCAAGGUCCUGCAGUCCCUCAUAGACGCAGGGGCGGACGUCAACGCCCUGCAGGUCGGCGAGCGCACCCCAGCGAUGUAUGCGGCAGAGUUCGGCAACGCGCCGGCGCUGCGCCUGCUCAUUGCCGAGGGGGCGGACAUGACUCUGCAGUCGACGUUCGGGACUCCCCUGCACCACGGCGCCUUGUUCCCCAACAACGCCAUCGUCCUCGGAAUCGCUCUCGAGGCCGGGGUCGGCAUUGACGUCAAGAGAAACUUCGGCACCACCGCCCUGAACGAGGCGGCGUAUUACGGAAACAUUGUCAACGCUAGGUUUCUCGUGGAGCAGGGGGCAGACAAUGCGCUGAACGGCAGGCCGGUGUGCGGCUGCAAAGACGUGGAACCGGACUCAGAUGCGAGGAUGUGCCCAGCUGGAAAUUGCGAAAUACAGGAUGAAAUCGACGAACUCAAGAGCAUGUUUUCAGCGGGACAGACGAUCCACGACGCGGUGGUAUCGGGAGACCUGGACGCCGUGAAUGCGCUGCUGGCCAACGGAACAGACCCGGGCGAGACGGACGCCGACGGCGACACCCCUCUACACCUUGCCGCAGCAAGGGGGCUGGAGGAAAUUGCGACAGUGCUUCUGGAAGCCGGUGCAGACGUGGAUGCCAAGGAUGCCGAAGGAUUCACCCCGCUGCAUGUGGCUUCCUUUUUUGGCCACAUUGCAGUAGUUAACGUUGUACUGGAUGCAGGGGCGGAUGUGAGCCUUAGGAUCGAUGAGGGCUUCACGGCCCUGCACUUGGCCGCACAGGAGGGGUACGACAGCGUGGUGCAGGUGCUGGUGGCAGCCGGCUCCGACGUGAACGCUCAAACGUUCAAGUCCGGCGGCACAGCUCUGAUUUUGGCCUCGGGGGGUGUCCACACCGAGGUGGUGGGGACGCUGCUGGACAACGACGCCGACCCCACCAUUGGCAACGACUUCGGCCACACGGCCCUUCAUCGCGCGGCGGAGGUUGUGGAAACGGAGGAGAUCAUGCAGCUGAUUCUGGACGCGGGGCUGGACAUCAACGUCCAGACGAACCUGGGGAGCACCCCCCUCGAGCACGCGGCGUACUUCGGCAACGAGGACGGCGUAAGAUUCCUCCUCGCGGCCGGCGCGGACCCGGGCGUCGGCGCCGGGGACGGUCAUCAGGAUGAGGCGUGCGGCUGCAUCACCGUGAUUGGGAACCCCAACGCGCGGCAGUGCGCGGAGGGUGCCUGCGAGACGGCCCAGCAGGCCGCGACCAUUGAGGAGCUGCUGGGCCGCAGGGGGGCACCCUCGAGGCCGGCCCCGCCGGCGGUGGUGGACGGCGCCGUGGGGACAGAGGACUGCAGCGCGCUGCCCACCGUCCUGCAGAUCCUGGAGUGCCAAGCGAACUCGGGGUCCAUGUGA